AUGCAUGCGCCGGUGAAUGUGACGGCAGCCGUGGAUGCCUCUGCGGAGAGGGUUGCCGCCUCCUGCUCCCUGGUCAACGCGCGCCGCUUCUACCUCGCGCCGUCGCGCAUCUGGAUGGAUGAAGCCUCGAGUACUGCAGGGCAGCAGCAACAGCAGACACCAACUCCCGGUUCACCUGCGGGCGCCUCCACCGCCUCUGCCAACGGCAGCGAGAGCGCGCUGGACGUUGCCAUGCGUGUCAACAAGAUGAAAAAGGCUCACCAGAGCGACGGCGCCAACAAGAAGGCGGUGGAGCAGGAGGCGUGGCAUGCCCUGAACUCGCUGACCGAAGACCAGAUCAACAACGCAGAAGGAAAGGCAGUGUCGCUACUCCUGAACGCAUGGGCGUACUUCGCCAAGUACUGGGCCAAGGGCAAGGAUGGCCCGUUGUGA